AUGGAAUUCAUCAUGUUCAAUGUGGGUCUUCUUUGGACGGGUAAGACUCUUCUAGCAAAAGCAGUGGCCGGUGAAGCAGAAGUUCCAUUCAUAUGUUGUUCGGCCAGUGAGUUUGUGGAGUUGUAUGUUGGCAUGGGUGCAUCUCGAGUUAGAGAUAUCUUUGCACGAGCAAAGAAGGAAGCACCAUCUAUAAUUUUUAUUGAUGAGAUAGAUGCUGUGGCUAAAAGUCGUGAUGGCAAAUUUCGCAUCGAUAGUAAUGAUGAACGAGAGCAAACCUUGAACCAAUUUCUCACUGAGAUGGUUGGAUUUGACAGCAACUCUGCUGUGAUUGUUCUUGGAGCUACUAAUCGUUCUGAUGUCUUAGACCCUGCCCUUCGGCGACCUGGGAGAUUUGAUCGAGUUGUUAUGGUAGAGACACCUGACAGGAUUGGAAGAGAAGCUAUUUUGAAAGUACAUGUUUCUAAGAAGGAAAUUCCCCUUGGAGAGGAUGCUGAUAUUGGUGACGUUGCCUCUAUGACUACUGGUUUUACUGGGACUGACCUUGCAAAUCUGGUAAAUGAAGCUGCCUUGCUUGCUGGAAGAAAUAUUUUCGAACCAAGGUUGAUUGUACCUGAUCAUUCACCCUCCCAGAUGAAUCACACAACUGCUCAAUCUCUUUUACAAUGAUAAUCCUAUUGUUUUCAGUGUUUUGGCAGAUGUGGUCAGAGCUGAGAGGCAAGUUCUUGUCGAAGAUUACGACAGGGGAAGGGCUGUUGCAUUUGAUCGAAGAAUACAGAAUGUGUUGGAGGUUUUCACCUUAGAUGGAU